GGCGCAGAGCAGUGUGCUUGGGAUGUAACUCCGAAAGGGUGCUUACCUCCUCCAAGUAGCCUCCAUUUCGUCCACAUUCAAAAGAAACCCGGCUGCACCUUGAGCUCCAGUCUACAGGCUACAGUCCAGCAUCCGCGCGGCCGUGUUACUCGCGAAACAAUCACCUCUCCUUGCCCUUUCAUUCGCCUCGACGCCCUCAUCACCACAAAAAUGUCGACCACCACAGCACCAGCAAGAAAACCAAACGACCCUCUCCACCGCCCGCUUUACCUCUACGACCUGCCCGGGGAGGUGUUGGAGUCUCUGACCUUCAAGGCGGCUACCGACCAUGUCGCAGUCCCAGACACAGAUGUCGUCACCCCCGAGCUAGAGCCAAGGUCACAGUCGCCCAGUACCAGCACUGGCGUCGGGUCGCAGUCAUGCUCGCUAUGCACCAUGUCCUUCGCCACGGUCGGGGACCAGCGCAGCCACCUGAGGUCGGACUGGCAUCACUACAACCUCAAACUGAAGCUGCGUAGCCAGCAGGCCGUCUCUGAACCCGAUUUCGAGAAGCUUGUCGCCAACCUCGACGAGAGCCUUUCGGGAUCCGACGACUCCGAGUCCGACGACGCAUCAGGCGACGACACCCCAGGCUCCAAGGACUCGACGCUCGUUGCGCUCCUAAAAAAGCAAGCGACGCUGGCAGACAAAAUGGGCAGCAAUAAGGACGCAGGCGAUGACGAACAGGACGGGUCGAGGAGACAGCAACGAGGGGCUGGCAACCCGCCCCUGGUCUGGCUCGGCUCGCCCCUCCUGCCUGAGAACACCUUCUUCGGAGUCUACAAAGCGCUAUUCACCAACGAGGAGCUCGCAAAAGAAGACGGCGCAUUCAUCGAAAACAUCAGGAAGCGCCAGCUGGAACCAAUAUCCAUGGCAAAGCCCCCCAAGGAUAGCGAGGUCAUGCCGGUCGCUCACACGGGGUCGCACAUUUUCCUCUGCAUGAUCGGCGGCGGGCACUUUGCGGCCAUGAUGGUGUCGCUGGCGCCCAAAAAGUCCAAGUCGUCGAAUCCGGCCAACCGUGAGGCGGUCAUCCUGGCACACAAAACGUUCCACCGCUACACGACGCGCCGGAAGCAGGGCGGCUCGCAGUCGGCCAACGACAACGCAAAGGGCACGGCCCAUUCGGCAGGAUCAUCACUCCGCAGGUACAACGAGCAGGCUCUCGUCGAAGACGUGCGCUCCCUUUUGGCCAGCUGGAAGGGCCUGCUGGACACGGCGGAACUUUUGUUCGUCCGCGCGACGGGCACCACCAACCGCCGCACCCUGUUCGGCCCUUAUGACGGCCAGGUCCUCAAGUCAAACGAUAAGCGUCUCAGAGGUUUUCCCUUCAGCACGCGCCGCGCCACCCGAGAUGAGCUCAUGCGGUCGUUUGUGGAACUGACGAGGCUCAAGAUUCGCGAGAUUAAGCCCGAGCCGGCCGCACCCACUGAACAGACCCAACCGGCAGCAGUGGCUCCACAGACCGCGAGGCCCAAGCUGAGCGAGGAGGAGGAGACGGCGCAGCUGCACACAACCCAAAUCCAGGCCUUAAUACGGCGAUCUAAACUCCCUGCGCUUCUAGCCUACCUCAAGACCAACUCGCUCUCGCCCGACUUCCUCUUUCAGCCCAAUGGGACACAGCAGAACCGGCACGCGCCGACGCCCCUGCACCUCGCGGCGGCACAGGGGGCAGCCGUCGUCGUGUCGGGUCUGCUCUGCUCCGCCGGUGCCGACCCAACGGUGCGCAGCGGCGCCGAUCAUGCCCGGACGCCGUUCGAGCUGGCGGCCGACAGGCCCACCCGAGAUGCCUUUCGCGUCGCGCGCGCGGAGCUGGGCGAGGACAGGUGGGACUGGGGCGACGGCGACAAGGGCGCCCGCGUGCCCGCGCCCAUGACGGCGGCCGAGGCCGCGCGGCGGACCGAGAGGGAGAAGCAGGAGGCGGAGGCCAAGGAGACGGAGAGGAGGCGGGCCGAGGAGGAGAGGCUGAGGAAGGAAGCGCCAAAGGUGUCGGUGCCGUUGCGCGGCGGGAAGGCGAGGGUGGGGGAGCACAAGUCGGCGCAGGAGAAGCGGGAUGAGGACAUGAGGGGCAUGAAGCCCGAGCAGCGGAUGCGGAUUGAGAGGGAGCGGAGAGCGAGGGCGGCCGAGGAGAGGUUGAGGAGAAUGCAGGCGCCGUGAGUGUCGUUUUGUCGCAGCUCACACUUGACCUUUUACUUAGAGCGAAGAUGUGGUGAGACUAUACCCAUCUCGCUGAAUGUUUUGGAAAGAUAUCCCAUAAGAAAUGUGAGCGUGUUAUUAAAAGAAAGUCUAGUUCGAAUUUCAUUUUGGACAGCAGUUUUAAGUCAUCGCAAGUCC